AUGCUAUUUUUCAUGCUCAGCACCAUCUUCCUUCUCCCUAUCAAAAUCGGUCGCAUUAGUGUACAGAAGUUUGUUUUGCUGAAUACAACCUCGACCGACCGCCCACUUCUUGGUUUCGACGAGACUUUGGGACCUCUGGUGGAUGACAAAUGUUUCAAGCCAUCGUCUAUCAACAAAGAUAUUAUUUUCUAUUAUGGACAUGAUGGUGAACAGUCCUGUGGGACAGGUGGAGAGUGCGGUGCCAAGCUGGGUAAUAUGGAAACUUCAGGUCCACCUGGCUGGACCUCAAAAGAUGGAGAAGAUUAUUGUCGCCGGAAAGGGCUAUGUGCUACACCACCUAAUUUGAUUGACUGGCCAGAGAAAAUAACUAACAGUGAAACGUUACAGUGUAUCCAGCGCCGCCGAAUGCGACUUUACUGGCAUUGGAGGCGCUCCACUCUAAUACUUUUACCCCUGAUCCUGUUCGUCAUUGUCAUAAUUCACCAUUCUCGCUCCGGUACCCGAAACCUUGCUGGUAUUGACUGGCCUCCAAAUGUUGCCUUCCAUGUCCCUCCUCCCCCAAAGGCACCAGAUUCGCCUGAAAAAGUGCCUGUUUUAGCCCGACCAAAAGAACUUUCUGGCCUCAACCCCUCUCAUCCUCCUCCGAAAAGUGAUCAAAAUUCGGUUGGUCCAGGUGAAGGUGCGGUACCUUACCUAGUGAACCGGAGUGCCCUCUCAGUGGAAGAACAGGCCAAGUACGAUAAGGGAUUUCAGGACAAUGCAUUCAAUCAAUACGCUAGCGACAGAAUCAGUGUUCGUCGUUACAUACCCGACCUUCGUAAUGGCGCAUUCUGUUUUCUUGUUGCAGGUGAAGGUGCGGUACCUUACCUAGUGAACCGGAGUGCCCUCUCAGUGGAAGAACAGGCCAAGUACGAUAAGGGAUUUCAGGACAAUGCAUUCAAUCAAUACGCUAGCGACAGAAUCAGUGUUCGUCGUUACAUACCCGACCUUCGUAAUGGCGCAUGCAAAACGCAAAGUUUCUCGUCAGAUCUUCCGAAGACUGCGGUCAUCAUUUGUUUCCACAACGAGGCUUGGAGUGCUCUUCUCCGCUCAGUACACUCAGUACUGGACUAUUCUCCGAAGGAAUUGUUACAAGAAAUUAUUCUGGUGGAUGACUUUUCCAGCAAAGACCAACAAGAGCUGACCUCUGUCUCACGUCAACAUCGUUUUCCGGAUCAACGAGCGUCCAAAUUUGCACACUCCUGUGACCCGUUUGCUCGCCUCUGCGAGAUGAGCAUACUGAAGUAUCAAGCAGAACGUCAACUAGCCGAGGUUUUCAUGCGAGAUUACCUGAAAGAACCAUUGGAAAUCUACAUGCAACAAUUUCCAGCUGUGAAAAUUGUUCGGACCAAACGGCGAGAGGGUUUGAUUCGAGCGCGAAUGGUUGGAACAAACGCUAGCACAGCUGAGGUGCUGACCUACCUGGAUUCGCAUAUUGAGUGCACACCCGGCUGGCUUGAGCCGUUACUAGAGAGAAUAAAGGCGAGCAAGUCCAACGUGGUCGUACCCGUAAUCGAGAUUAUCAAUGACCAAGACCUAAGUAUCAAAGCCACUCAGGAAGCCAGCGUGCAAGUUGGUGGUUUCGACUGGUCGCUAACUUUCACUUGGCACCUACCUCCCAAACGGGACCAGAUACGACCAGGCGCACCCUACUCACCAAUCAGGUCACCAACCAUGGCUGGUGGUCUGUUUGCCAUUCAUCGUGAUUUCUUUGCCUAUCUUGGCUAUUACGAUGAAGAAAUGGAAGUCUGGGGAGGGGAGAACUUGGAAUUAUCUUUCAAGACCUCUGGCCUUGUGAGUGUAUGCGAAGGGCUCUCUGAUAGUUUCCGAACACAACGCAGGGUCCGUCCGUGGUGCCCGUUCUCUCGAUUUCUAUUUGCUUUCGUGAUCGAUGAGAUAGUGAGUCGAACGGUGGAAGGUCUCGAAAACACCGGUGUUCCAAUAGCCCGAGAGAAAAACCUUGUCGAUCUGGAAAACGCAGAUGACGUGGUUCUCGUUUUCGAAGAGGAGGAGAUCGUUCAGGGUGAUUAUGGUGAUAUUAGCUCUCGAAAGGCGAUUCGUGAACGAAACCAUUGCAAGUCUUUCCAGUGGUAUUUGGAUACCAUCUAUCCGGAGCUGUUUUUGCCUACGAGAGCGCUUGCAUCGGGAGACAUUGAGAAUAUGGCAUCUUCGCAUUGUGUUGAUGGAGCCUUCAAUGACAAGAAGACAGACAAUUUGGUGGGGCUUUACCCAUGCCACCAUCAAAAAGGAAAUCAGUCAAAGCCUUUGGCCCAAAAGCCUAGCCGUAAGGCAGCGGUGUUGGGUUGGAAUUGCAUGUACAUUACCAUUUUUAAGGAACACGUCGCCACACAAGUUCCCACCACCAAUCUGGAGGGCCAGGAGACUGUGUUCGUCAAACCUCUACCCAUUGACCAACCUGGUAUGAGUGUCCCGCGGACACCCACCAGUAUAGCUCAAUGGGCCGCCAAAGUACCCAAACCGCCUCACCAAGGUAAGGCCCAGUCUUUCGGUGACGGUUUUAGAAUUGCGAAAGUGCUGUCAACAUAG